AUGUACAGUUUCAUGGGAGGAGGCCUUUUUUGUGCCAUCGUGGGGAACAUCCUGCUGGUUGUCUCCACGGCCACGGACUACUGGAUGCAGUACCGCCUCUCCGGCAGUUUCGCCCACCAGGGGCUGUGGAGGUACUGCAUGUCCGGCAAGUGUUACAUGCAGACGGACAGCAUCGCCUACUGGAACGCCACGCGCGCAUUCAUGAUCCUGUCGGCGAUGUCCUGUUUCGCUGGCAUCAUCGCUGGGAUCCUGUCCUUCGCCCACUUCUCUGCUUUUGAGAGAUUCAACCGUUCCUUUGCUGCUGGGAUCAUGUUCUUCAUUUCCACGCUGUUUGUCCUGCUGGCGAUGGCCAUCUACACGGGGGUGACCGUCAAUUUUCUGGGAAAGCGUUUCGGUGACUGGCGCUUCUCCUGGUCCUACAUACUAGGUUGGGUGGCCCUUCUCAUGACCUUCUUUGCAGGAAUAUUUUACAUGUGUGCCUACAGAAUGCAUGAGUGCAGAAGAAUGGCUGGCCCUCGCUAA